AUGGCGAUAGUGUCAGCGACGCAAGACACCAAUGACAAUGCCAACGGGAUUGAAACAGACGAUCGAACCUUGUCGGCGAUUUCAGCAUAUCAGGAUGGACUUCCUGGAACCUUUUCCAACGUCAACAUCAGGAAAUUAGUGGAUUGUUGUGGCGGCAGACUACCUUACCCGCUUCGCCGAAACAAAACUCUGCCGAAGGGCAGCGCAGCCGAAGUGGCGAAAUUCUUCGUCGAGAACAUCCUGCUACGACAUGGCACCUCAGAAGUCCUCAUCACCGACAGAGGAACGGCCUUUACAGCGGAGCUCACCCACGUCAUCCUGAAAUACAGCCAGACAAGCCACAAGAGGACAACUGCCUACCUAGCGCAGAUGAAUGGUUUUACGGAGCGCCGCUAUAAGACCCUGGCCGACAUGAUAGCAAUAUACGUCAACAUCGAACACAAGACCUCGGAUGCCGUGCUACCCUAUGUAAGUUUCGCUUACAGCACGGCGGUGCAAGAAACAACACAGAUGCCGCCGUUCAAGCUGGUUUACGGCAGGAACCCGACGACGACUCUCGACGCCAUGCUGCCGCACGUCAAGCGACGAAGAGAUUCUUCACGUCGCCACCUAUGUGCAUCGCGUCGAAUCAAGAACCAGCACAGGAUCAACAGCCGACCCUACAACCUUCGACGACGCUAUGUCGAGUACGAGGUCCGCAAUCGUGUUUGA